CGGAAGAAGAGAGUCGUGCGAGGGUUUGAUGUAACUAUUGUCACUUCAGCCAACACACAAGAUGAGACUGUAAUAUUGUGGAAUUCCGAGAGCUAUUGUGCUUGAGCGGGCAUUUUGUUGAUCUUCUGCUCCCACUUUCGCAGAACUUCGCCUAUGAUUCAUUGCGCAUGUCGUGCGAUCUUAUUCAACACCGUUUAGAUAAUGGCAGUGCAAAGUGGAGGGCCUUACAGUUCCUUUUACGAGAAGCUCCAACUUCCGCAUCCUUUGGUCCAGCGAUUUGCUGUUAAUGCAAUAUUUCAGCGUCUGAAGAGUGGACCUGCUCACAGCAAUUUGAACUCACCGAUCGGGCAAGAAGCAUUUUCUCGGUGCCUUAAUUCCACACAGCCUGCAGUGAUCGACCAGACGGUGAAAGAGAUAUGCAGUUUAUGUCGCGAGGGGAAGAUCUCGGUGGAGAGAGGCCUGCAAGAGCUGCAGUCAGCUCUAGAAUCCGUGAAUGCAGAGUCUGUAGGGGGUAUGGUGAACGGGAUUGGGUUCUUAUGCCGACUUUAUAUUCAGAACGUUGAGGAGAGGACCAAUUUUCUUGGAAAGACGGGGGACCUACUUGGAGUCGGCUAUCAUCCUCUAGUCAAGUCUUUCCAGACGAGGCCGGAGGUUCAUCAGCACAUUCUGCAACAAGUGAACAUAAUUCUCGUUCAAGCUUUUCCCAAAAGGCAAUUGAUAACACUUCAAUUUCUGCAGCCUUUCACCUCUUUCGUACUAUUGCAGUCAUUGACCUCAGCCAGCAAUAUAUUGCUCGCCCGAGACUUACAUAGUCAGUUGUCUUCUAUGACGUUGACUUGCAAAGAUCACGGCCGGCUCUUGUUGAAGAUGCUACUCAGCUACAUUCAGUUGUAUCCUAUGGAGACUGCACAGGACUGCGAAGUUGCCCUGGCAGCCUGUAAGGAGCUUGUCAGCGUAUUGGAGAAUUAUGCUAAGCGAACAGAAGCCUCCCAAAACAAGGACUUGGAAGAUCUUGGACUUCAACUCCUCAGCAUGCUCGUCGGAUCGUGUCACGCGCUUCUGUCGCGUAAAUUCUCGUUCUAUCAUGUUCUUCUACUGGUCAGAAGGCUGGUGAAAGUUUUAAGGCGUCUGAGCCCUGGCUUUACACAUGCGGUUGAGAUGCAUAUGGUGUCCCUCACCCAUAUGCUUGCAUUGGUUGAUUCUGAACAAGAACAACUUUUGCUGCUAGAUCUGGGUUUGGGAUGGCUGGAGGAUUUUCAAGCUAAAGGACAUUUGUCUGGACCCUGUUCCUCUUCAACCGGAACGGCUUCUCUGUUUUGGGUGUUUCCCGCUCUUCAUGUGAUGUCGUACCCAUCUGUAGCUGUGAAAAGUGCGGCGGUUAAACUACUGCAAGCACUCCAGAAAAGUGCAAUAGACACUCGGAAGAUGUGGAACCAACCUUGGUUUGCGGGGUUAGAUUACAAAGGAGAUCUGAGUUGGGGAGAACAACACCUCUCAGUGGUGGUGUGCCGACUUGUUCAGGCCAUGUGGUUAGAGGAAAGAAUCUCGGGAAAAUGGUUCUCCAAUCUGACCGGGAUAAUUAAACCUCUAUCCAGUGAUGCGGAAGAAUGGUUCACUUGCCUCGGUGUCUACUUAAAGAGCGCUACUCAGAGAACUGUGGGUAUCAAUUCAACAUCUCAUCCUUUGCAGGAAAACAAAGGUUUGCUGGCUGCGUUAUGCACCAUGGUGACAGUAUUUUUGAUGCAUCCAAAUGCAAAGAUCGCGUUGGCUGCAACUGAAUGUUUGGCCUUAAUAGGAAAAGUUGAACCAAUUUGGGGUGUAUCUUUGCUGCCUGUGGUGCUCUUUUGCCUCCGAUUUCGAGGAAAUAUUCAAGAGCUUAAUGAAUCAAAUGUUCAGCUUGGACUCCUUAAAGCGAUUCCUUCUUUGGCUUCUCAUUCGGCAACUUUUCCUCUAGUUAUUCAAGCUUUGCAACCUAUGUUGACGUACAACAAUGAUAUUGCUAUACAAUCAACGGCUCUUCGGGUACUUUGCAAAACCUGGGAGCUUACGGAUCGAGCAUUCCCGUAUCUUCAGAAAAUGCUCCGACCAGAAUAUUUGCGUCAAGAUGAUGAGCAGACUGAAUUACUAUACAGUCAAGCUGCUUGCAUACGUGAUGUUAGUGAAAAGGAUCCAGACAGGGGAGUUGACUUGGUUCUGUCUGUCCAGGCGUGCAUAGAGAGCACAACACCUGCUGUACGGUCAUUAGGAUUACAGAGCCUUGCCUUCUUAUGUAAGGAGGAUGUUAUAGAUUUCUACACUGCAUGGCUGGUGAUUUCCAAGCUGUUCCAUACGGUGCCAUCGGAACCAAUUGUACUGGAGAGUUUGUGUAUGCUGCUGAGGUACGGAGCUCUAGAUGCAGCAGCCCAUCCAGAGGUGGCUGUGGAUGUUAUGCAAAUCCUGUGGAAUGCAGCCACAGCCCAAGAAAACUUGCGGAUGGAAGAUCCAUACUUGAAAGCACGGUCAUCAGCUCUUAAGGGAAUUUUGUCUUACGAGUUGGACGACCUGGAAACCGUUUGCCCUGACAAAAGGUGGAAUCAAGUUAAGUUGCUCUUCUCUGAGACGUCAACUGAAGUGCUACCAUUAUGUGAGGAGCUCGUAGGCAAAGUUCUCCUGUUUGAGCACAGAGAGAGAUUUCGAGCUCAACGUGAGGCAAAAGUGGUCACUAGCAAAUUAGGGAAGCUAUUGAAGGCUCUGCCUGCGGCCUUAAACUCUGCUGCAGCAUAUAAUACUUCGCGAAAAUUAGUUAACUACAUUUCCGAGUUCCCUGGAGCUGCAUUGCUGUGUUUGGCAUUACCCGCUCCCGAGAAGACUCUAUCUCAAACAAAAAGAGAAUUUCAGAAGGCUGUGAACAUUUGGCAGGCGACACAUGAAAAAGUUUUUAUGGAGACAGCUGAACAUCUUCAACUUAACAGCAACUUGAUUGUAGCCGUGCUUGCUCUGCAAUCUUGGUGCUCCUUCGUAUCUCGCUGGCUUUACAUGAUGAAUGCUGUUUAUGAGGCUGAGAGUCCAUCCCUUGGAUCCGAAGAGAAUCUACUGAAAGCAGCGAAGUAUCUCGUGAAGAUAUUCCGCACAAGCUGCGAGGAGGGUAUACCGCGAGUAGCAGAGAGUGCGACACUUGCACUAGCUGCACUGUGCAAGGUCUUGCCAGCACUAUCGCAUGGAAUCGCCCAAGAGAUUUCAGUGUUUCUGGAGUCUCGCUUGUUGCAAGAUGGGCAUGAACACAUGCAGUGGUCAGCAACCCUUGCUCUUGGAAUCGUUGCUACGUGCUUACAUGCAACUGACUGGAAGCGCAAGUCUGAAGUCAUUCAAAUUCUCUUGAAGUAUGCAGGUGCAAGCGACCGUGGUAUAGUCCGAGGUGCAUGCGGACUUGCGUUGGGAUUUAUAUGUCAAGGUCUUUUAAGAGGAGAAAAUGGUAGCAAGUCGUUGGCUGGGUUAGCAGGUGUAAGCAGACAGAGAGAAAUGGAGGCUUUGGUGCAGAUUGUUCUCAGCUUAGUACAGCUUACGUCUGAAACCUGUCCUCUUGCUGAACCGUCCUUGAGUAAUUUCUUGGGCUUGUUACGAUCUGAAGUGAUUGCAAAGGAGAGACUAACAAAAACUUUCACACCUGAGGAGGGCCCAAAGCUUGAAGAAGAUGACUUUUGGGCAGUAGUGGGCCUAGUUUGGGGCCUUGGAAGCUCAGUGACCGGCCUUGAACAACUUUGCUGUCCACUCCUAGUAUCUUCUUUAACAGAGGUGAUAAUCUCUUGGAUCUCAAUAUGUGCUACAGAAAAAUCGGAGGAAAUGGGGUCCAUUCAAGGCCUAGAACAGAGGAAUGUUUCAAAAUCCUUUUUGGCAGCUGGUGCCUGCCUGGCGCUUCCUACAUGUUUGAAUGUUUCAUCCAGGUUGGAAAUACUCACAGAAAAGGUAGAUAGCAUCCUACAAAAAAUUCAGAGUCUUAUCCAAGUCGCCACAAAACCUGAAAAUUCUGCCAUCUUGGAAAGUUGGCCUUCACCACUUUUCGCUGCCCUGUAUAUUGGUGCAGGGAAUGCAUUUGCUACUUGUUUGCAGGACGGUUCACAUUCUCUGCGCCUGGAGUCACUCGAAUCUUUGGUCAGUUGCCUGCAGGAGGGUGUGAAGGAGCCGAAAUUUGGAAGCUUGGCACAAUUAGGUGCAACAAUUGGGAUUUCCAAUGUCCUUGGGGGAGGUGUUGCACUGUUGAAGGCACGAAGUAAUCGUAUGCAAGAUUCGCACUUUCCAUCUAAGUUGCAGGUUGGAGGUGCACAUCAACUGAUGAUAAGUCGACCCUUGCUUCAUGAGGCCUCCUGCGAGGAUUAUGUUUCAUCUGUCAUCAAGAAUUUGCUUGAUAUUUCAAAACACGAGCAGGACUCAAGGUUAAGAAGCCAUGCAGGAUGGGCUCUUGCCUUUACGCAUAAUUCCUUCAAUGGUGGUUAUGAGAAUCAAGCAAGUCAGAGCAGCAUAUCAAAUGAGUUGUCUUCGCAGUCUGCCUAUCAUAUGCGAAGCCUUCAAGACUUCCCAGAAGACAGUACCCUGCGACAAAUCUGCUCCAAGCUCAUUGAUUACAAUCCAGCAAAUGUCAGUGUAAGUAUGUCAGUGCUUCCACAAACUGUCGUCUCUUUAUUGAGAUGCCUUCAGAAGGCCCCACGUCUUCCUGCCUUAGAUUGGGGGGCCCUUGUCCGAAGAUUAUUCCGACAGAGCCUUCUACAACAUACAGCCGGAGAGGAGGAGUGUGCCGAAAGUGAAAGAUCUAAACAGUCCAAUAUAAUGGAGACUGAAAAUGGAAUCCGACAGCAUUGUAUAUUGUUCGCCGUUGCGCAUGCACAACAGGUUCCAGCCCUUGCAAGAUUCCUUGAUGAGCUUUGUGAGCUAUCAAGGUUGAGCACUUUGCAGCCUUCACUGAGAAAUCUCUUGAUGCGAAACCUGGUCCAGCUACAGCGAAUCUUCUCAGAUUUGCGCUUCAAACAAUUACUGGGAGAUGUGCAAGAGUACUUAUGCAACCCCUCUGGAAUCGGUGGGUCCCUGCUGGAGAAUGUUGAGGACAAUGAUGUACAGAGUACAUCGUUUAGAGUGAACGUGUGGCAAGGCUUAACUUCUUUCUUUUCAAACUCAAGCCUCGAAGAAAGUGGCAAGGCAGACGAAGUCAUAUCUUGCCUCGAAGAGUGCAUGAUAGUGUUGAUAAACCUGCUCCCGACUCUAUCGUGGACCAGUAAGAAAUCCUCUAUUUCUAAAGAGGCGGUAGACGAAGAGUGGUCAGUAGCUGUGGCAUGUCUCGGGAAGACACGGAAAACAUGGUUACUGCACGCGCUUGAGGUACACAUAAGCAACCAACUCGAGCCGCAGCAGGUAUCUGACAGCACCAUGAAGGCAGUUUUCGCAAGGUGUCAGCUUGUAGCGGCUGGUUGUCUUUCCAUCGCCGAUUUGAAAAGUUGUCGCACUUUAAUUACAAAUCAAAGACCUUCUGCCCUACUUGUAGAAGUUUCUUGGGCAGCUAAGAGGACAACCUUGGAAGAGAAACGGGAAUGGCUGCUGGAUGUUCUAGCCACUGCCUUCGUCUCUCCGUUUCCUACAACGGCUCUUAUUCUCAUGGCCCUUUUAGCGAGCUGCUGGAGUACUGAUGCGCUUCUUCUACCUUUGGAUCCGACCUGGGCAAUUGUAGACCUUCCCCUUACUCUUCCCUCUCUUUUGUCCCAGCCUGGUUGGGCGUCCACUCUCGAGGCCUUUGUGUACAGGUUUCCUGAGCUGUUAGACAGGCUAAUAUCUAUGCUGGACAGGAAUGAGCUCGAAAGCACGUACUUUGUGCACGAGACUUUGUCUCCGUCCUUGCUCUUAUCAGUAUUGAGAAGAACUUGUGCCGGUUUGAAAAAUUAUUUGCCUAUCGAGACAAAGUUGAAGCUCGCCAAUCUGAACAUCACAGGCAUGCUGAAGGACUAGCUUUCUGGAAGAAAACUUUUGUAUCUGUGCAUUUCUUUUACAUAAAAACCUUACCGUUGCUG